CACUGACUUUGAUGCAACAACGUCGUCGUUUAAGCGGGAGAAAUUGAGAAACAAAGAAAUGUACUCGUAAUCAUCAUCUUCCUCAAGAUUCAAGAAGACGUGAAACAUGACCAUCAAAUUUUCUGUAAAAUAUUGAAAAUUCAAUCACAUUCAAAGCUUAAAGUACUCCUGAUUUCACAUUUCAGAUUCGUUUCUCUCUCUUACAUUGUUACUCCUAUAGUUGCAUCAUUCAACUUCAGUUUCUUCAUUUAUUCAUUCAUUAAUCGAUCAAAUUAAUUUGGGAAUUCUUUUCACCAGAAUUCUCCUACUUUUUGCAUUACCGUAAACCCUAAUUUAUUGAUUAUUCGUUGAAAUCGGCGAAUUUGGAGCAAAUUUGAGUUGAUUUUCGUGAUCAGAGAAGAGGGAAAGCGAAAUGUCAUGGGGAUUAGGGUGGAAGAGACUGUCGGAAGUGUUCCAUUUGACGCUACAUUUCGGCGAAGAAGCGGAGGAUGAUGAAGAUGACGAGGAGAGAGAUUCGAUCGUUGUUGUUGAAAAUGGCAGCGAUUUGUCAAAGAAAAUGGUGGAGAUGGAGUGGACAGCGGGGGACGAUGAGGAUCAGGUGGCGUUGAGGUUGCAGUCGAAGUUAAUGGUAGAGAUGCCGCCGCCGGAGGAUGCUGUAGUUGUUGAGUUGGAGGAGAGGGAAAAUGGUGGCGGAGUUGCGGUGGAGAUGAAGGUUGUUAGGAGGAGGGAGCCGUUGAAAGCGAUUACUAUGGGGAAAACUGGGUCUGGUCAGCAGAGUGAUGGCAUUGGGGUUUUGACGAGGUUGCUGAGGUCUAAAGUCGCCGCCACCGCCGUGGCAACUGGUGUUGGAGAUGGAUGUCUGAAUUUUGCUGAGCAUUGGAAUAGUGUCACUGCCUUGAGCCUUUGUGGUUGUGGCAUCACUGUACUGCCUGUGGAAGUGACGAAACUUCCAUUACUCGAGAGGCUUUACCUUAACAAUAACAAGCUAUCUGUAUUACCGCCUGAAGUUGGUCUACUUAAAAACUUGAAAGUUCUAAGAGCGGAUGAUAACGCUCUGGUUUCUGUUCCAGUGGAACUAAGGCAGUGUGUUGGGCUCGUGGAACUUUCGCUGGAUCAUAACAAGCUGAUUCGCCCAUUACUAGAUUUCAGAGCUGUGGCUGAAUUGCGUGUUUUAAGAUUGUUUGGAAAUCCACUUGAGUUCCUUCCUGAAAUUUUGCCACUACAAAAACUGCGGCACUUGUCUCUUGCUAAUGUCAGAAUUGUCGCUGACGAAAAUUUGAGAUCAGUGAAUGUGCAAAUAGAGACAGAGGCGACGUCCUAUUUUGGUGCAUCUAGACACAAACUAAGUGCCUUUUUCUCCCUCAUAUUCCGCUUUUCUUCUUGCCGGCAUCCCCUACUGGCAUCUGCACUGGCAAAAAUUAUGCAAGACCAAGAUAAUCGUGUUGUUGUUGGUAAAGAUGAAAAUGCUGUUCGUCAGCUUAUAAGUAUGAUCAGCACUGACAACCAUCAUGUGGUAGAACAAGCAUGCUUUGCUCUUUCAUCUCUUGCGGCAGAUGUCUCCGUUGCGAUGCUUUUAAUGAAAUGUGAUAUUAUGAAACCCAUUGAAGCUGUUCUCAGAUCAGCUGUUGAGAAGGAACUAAUUUCUGUGCUUCAAGUCGUGGAACACCUUGCUUUUGCUUCUGAUGCUGUAGCUCAGAAAAUUUUCUCCAAGGAUGUAUUGAAAUCGUUGAAAUUGUUAUGUUCCCAUAAGAAUCCAGAGGUCCAAAGACUAGCUCUGUUGGUGGUUGGAAAUUUGGCUUUCUGUUUGGAGAAUAGGCAGAAGUUGGUCACUUCUGAAAGUCUGCGGGAACUUAUUAUGCGCUUGACAUCCACAGCUGAGCCACGGGUUAAUAAAGCUGCUGCUCGAGCCUUGGCUAUUCUUGGAGAGAACGAGAUUCUACGACGUGCAGUCAAGGGGAGACCAGUAGCGAGGCAAGGGCUUCGGAUACUCACAAUGGAUGGGGGUGGAAUGAAAGGUCUUGCAACAGUGAAAAUCCUGAAAGAAUUGGAAAAGGGGACCGGUAAACAGAUACAUGAAAUGUUUGACCUCAUAUGUGGUACAUCAACUGGUGGUAUGCUAGCUGUGGCUCUUGGGAUCAAAUCAAUGACAUUAGACGAGUGUGAGGAAAUAUACAAGAAACUUGGCAAAGUUGUCUUUGCUGAACCUGUCUCCAAAGACAGCGAGGCAGCAACUUGGAGGGAGAAGUUGGAUCAAUUAUACAAAAGUUCAUCUCAGAGUUUCAGAGUUGCUGUACAUGGAGCAAAACACGGUGCAGAUAAGUUUGAGAGAUUGUUGAAAGAGAUGUGUGCUGAUGAAGAUGGAGACCUUUUGAUAGAUUCUGCUGUGAAAAGAAUACCUAAAGUAUUUGUUGUAUCAACCCUAGUUAGCGUGGUUCCUGCACAGCCUUUUGUAUUUCGGAAUUACCAGUAUCCAUCUGGAACUCCAGAGAUGUACCUGUCACCCAAUGAAAGUUCAGCAAUCAGCAUGUCAGGAGGUGAAAACACAAGCGGGGAAGUUGGUUACGAACAUAUUGCUUUUAUUGGCAGUUGUAAACACAUGGUCUGGCAAGCUAUAAGAGCUUCAUCUGCCGCACCAUAUUAUUUAGAUGAUUUUUCAGAUGAUGUCAAUCGCUGGCAGGAUGGUGCUAUAGUGGCAAAUAACCCCACUAUUUUUGCUAUACGGGAAGCUCAACUUUUGUGGCCUGACACUAAAAUAGAUUGUUUGGUUUCUGUUGGAUGUGGCUCUGUUCCAACAAAGGUACGGAAGGCUGGUUGGCUGAUUUGGGAUACAGUGCCAGUGUUAAUUGAGAGUGCAUGUUCAGUGGACCGAGUUGAGGAGGCUUUAAGUACACUAUUGCCGAUGCUUCCUGAUAUACAAUACUUUCGGUUUAAUCCUGUUGAUGACCGAUGUGAUAUUGAGCUGGAUGAAACCGACCCUGCUGGUUGGCUGAGUUUGGAAACAGCCGCAGAGGACUACAUCAAAAAUAACUCUGAGGUAUUCAAAAGUGUUUGUCAGAGGCUAACGUUGCCAUACCAACAGGACGAUAGAUUUUCGGAUGGUGUGAAAUCUCAAAAUACAUCUAAACCGAAGUCAGCAAAUGAUGAUGGUAGCCCUUCCUUGGGAUGGAGGCGUAAUGUACUUCUUGUAGAAGCUUCUAAUAAUCCAGAUUCUGGAAGAGUCACACACCAUACAAGAUCACUUGAAACAUUUUGUUCCCAGAGUGGAGUAAGAAUAUCUACUGUAACAGGAAUUUUAAAUUCUUCUAAGCCAGUCACGGGUACUUCAAUUAACUCGCCAUUUGCUUCACCUAUGUUUACGGGAAGCUUUCCAUCAAGCCCAUUACUGUACAGUCCAGAUGUUGUGCAGAGGAUUGGCCGAAUUGACUUAGUUCCUCCUUUGAGCUUAGAUGGGCAUCAGCCUCCAAAAUCAACUUCGUCACCUCCAAAGUCUCCUUCAGGACCCAGACAGCUCUGCUUGCCUGUGCAGUCAUUGUUACAUAAGCUAAAGAAUUCACCACAAGUGGGCAUCGUUCAUUUAGCGCUCCAAAAUGACACAACGGGUGCUAUUUUAAGUUGGCAGAAUGAUGUAUUUGUGGUUGCUGAACCUGGAGAGCUUGCAGACAAGUUUGUACAGAGUGUUCGUUUUAGCUUGUUGUCAUCUGUUCGGGGUAGAAAGGAGAUGUCAAAGCUGAACAACAUCUCAACCAUAGCUGACUUGGUGGCAUAUAGGCCUUAUUUUCAAAUUGGUUGUGUUGUCCAUCGGUACAUAGGACGCCAAACCCAGGUUAUGGAAGAUGACCGUGAAAUUGGGGCUUUUAUGUUUCGGAGAACUGUCCCAUCCAUGCAUCUAGUGGCUGAUGAUAUUCGCUGGAUGGUUGGGGCGUGGAGGGACAGAAUUGUAAUCAGCACAGGAAGAUACGGGUUGGUUAAGCCCUUAAUUAAGGCCAUUCUAGACUCUGGUGCGAAAGCUGUUCUUUGUCCAACUUCUGAACCUCCUCAAACGCAGUUAUCAUCAUUCAACGGUUCAACCGAUUUCGAUAACUUGGAAAACGGCAAGUUUGAGCUUGGAGAGGACGAAGCAGAAGACGACGAAGAAACACCAGAACCAGUGAGCCCUAUCAGUGACUGGGAAGACAGUGACCUUGAGAAAACCACGGAAUCAUCAAAGGCUUUCUGGGACCACGAAGAGGAGGAAUUGUCUCAAUUUGUGUGCCAUUUAUACGAUUCACUGUUUCGUGAAGGAGCAACCGUGCAUACUGCGCUGCAAAGCGCGCUCGCCUCUCAUAGGAAGCUGAAAUAUUCAUGCCAUCUUCCAAGUAUGUCCUAGUUCUUUAGUUGACACCAGUGUUACCUGGUUCGCUAGUAUGAGAUUGGUUCGUGGGCUGAUUGGAGGAUUAGGUAACACUGGUUGACACAGAUGACACGAUAUGUUAAUAUUCAGACAGGAUUAUAAUGAAUGUCAUUAGUUAAUACUUAAUACUCAUAAGAUUAUAGGGGAGGGGUUAGAAAAGGCAAUAAAAAUUUAUACAGGGUGUCUGGAAACUAGAAAUAAUUGAUGAGGCUAGUCCGUACACCCAUUUUUUGAGUCAUAGAAUUUGUAUUUUUUGUUUUUUUUUACAUCGGAAUUAAAGGAAAUUGUUGGUGAAUGUAAAUUUUAGAGGAAUACAUUUUGUGAGUUCUUUUA